AUGCUAUUAUUUCUCGCGAUUUUCGCGUUUCGUCCCACUUACGCAAUCGAUGUUGAAUAUUAUAUGGACGUGCCGUCGAUUAUUAAAUAUCACGGGUAUCCAGUUGAGGUUUAUCACGUAACGACGAUUGAUGGAUAUAUUCUCGAGUUGCACCGAAUCCCGCAUGGAAGAGAACGUCAACCAAUUCCUUCUUCAAGACGCGCAGUUCUAUUUCAACACGGCUACCUUUGCUCAAGUUUCGAAUGGGUUGCGAACAGCCCUCAACAGAGUGCUGCAUUCGUAUUCGCCGAUGCUGGUUUCGAUGUUUGGCUUGGAAAUUUUCGCGGAAAUUUCUAUAGCAAAAAUCACGCAUUUCUAGACAUUGAGGAGAACGCCAAAAAUUUUUGGAAUUUUAGUUUCGACGAAAUGGCCGAAUUCGACAUUCCCGCGUUGAUAGGCAAAAUUCAGAAGGUCUCGAAGCAAGAAAAGAUACUGUAUGUUGGACAUUCGCUGGGAAGCUUGACAAUGUUUGCCAAACUAUCAACGGAGGCGAGAUUCGCCAAUAAUCUAAUCGCGUUUAUGGCAAUGUCGCCAAUUACGGCAGUAUCUCAUGCACGAGGGUUCUUAUCGUAUCUCUCACGAUAUUUCGGACAAGAUUAUCAGGUUUCGAGCGUUUAUUUUUCCGAGUUCCAACGAGAAUGUGAGAAUUUUCCGAAUCUCAAUGUCAAAUAUGGACCUGGCGAAUUAUUUGGAUUGACGCCGCCGAUUUGGUUGAUCACAAAAUACACGUGUGGUUUGUUCGAUCCGUUGCGAGAGUUGUGCUCAGACUUGAUCUCGCUGGUGGUGGGACCCAUGAACGAAUAUUGGGACCAAAAGCGAGUUCCUGUCUUCUUGGGACACACACCAUCUGGAACAUCAAGCAAUACUUUAGAGCAUUUUAUUCAAUCCUACUCGUAUGGUACUUUUGCAAAAUUUGAUCGUGGUCCCGAGCGCAAUAUGAAAAUUUAUGGAUCAUUUUAUCCGCCAAUUUAUAAUCUUUCGAACAUCGAAAAUAUUCCGAUGUUUCUAUAUUGGAGCAGAAGUGACUGGAUAUCGACUGCCGAGGAUCUUAAAGAGACACUACUUACUCAAUUGAAUUCUUCUUUGAUAAAGGUUUCCUAUGAAGUCAUCGAUUACAACCAUCUUGAUUUCGUAUGGGGUUUGAAAUCAGCACAUGAUGUUUACAUACCAAUGCUUCAUCAUUUUGAAAAAUUUUUAAUAAACGAUUUGCAAUAG